GCGGCAGGCGCGCGCUGAUUGGACGGCGCUCCCCGCGGCGCGGGCCCGCAGCCGGGCGUCCCGCACAGCCCAAGCCAGCCGCCGCCGCACCCAGCCGCGCCGGCGAGGACAUGGGCAGCCGCCGCGCGCCCGCCCCCUGCGCCGAUGUGAAUUAUUAAAAAGAAAAUGGCCCAAAGGAGCACUGUAUUUCCUUCUCUUGUCACCGAGGAAAGGCGAGUUAGAACCAUGCCCAGACACAGCCAGUCCCUGACCAUGGCACCCUACUCAUCAGUAAGCCUAGUGGAGCAGCUGGAAGACAGGAUCCUCUGCCACGAGAAAACCACUGCUGCCCUGGUGGAGCAUGCCUUCCGGAUUAAAGACGACAUCGUCAACAGUUUGCAGAAAAUGCAAAACAAAGGGGGAGGCGACCGCUUGGCUAGGCUCUUCUUGGAGGAGCACAUCAGAAACAUAACUGCCAUAGUGAAGCAACUUAAUCGCGAUAUCGAGGUACUGCAGGAGCAGAUCCGUGCCCGGGACAACAUUAGCUACGGAACUAACUCUGCCUUAAAGACUCUGGAGAUGCGUCAGCUCUCCGGUUUGGGAGAUCUUCGGGGAAGAGUGGCAAGAUGCGACGCCAGCAUAGCCAGACUCUCUGCAGAGCACAAGACGACCUACGAGGGUCUCCAGCACUUGAACAAAGAACAGCAAGCUGCGAAACUUAUCUUGGAAACAAAAAUCAAAGAUGCAGAGGGACAGAUUUCUCAGCUUUUGAACAGAGUGGACUUGUCAAUAUCAGAGCAAAGCACCAAACUGAAGAUGUCUCACAGAGAUAGUAACCACCAGCUUCAGCUUCUGGAUACGAAAUUUAAAGGUACAGUUGAGGAACUCAGUAAUGAGAUUUUAUCUGCACGGAAUUGGUUGCAACAGGAACAAGAACGGAUAGAAAAAGAACUUUUACAGAAAAUUGAUCAGCUUUCCUUGAUUGUUAAAGAAAACAGUGGAGCCAGUGAAAGGGAUGUGGAAAAGAAACUCAGCCAGAUGUCAGCCAGACUUGACAAAAUAGAAGAGAGUCAAAAGAAGACUAUGGAAGUGCAGAGAGCAAAACAAGAAGAGGAGAAGGUGCACGGGCGAAUCACCAAGCUGGAAUCACAGAUGAACGAGGACAUGAAGGAAAUGAAAGCAGAAGUUGAUGCUGGGUUUACAGCCAUCUAUGAAAGCAUAGGAUCCCUCAGGCAAGUUCUUGAAGCCAGGAUGAAGCUGGACAAGGACCAGCUACAGAAGCAGAUCCAGCAGGUGCAGAAGCCGGAAGCUCCCCUGUGAAGGGGGCGACGAGGACCUCGGAGGUGGUUUUGCCGGUGGGACUGGGAGCCCGAUGCCUCCGUGGCGAGGCCGCCGCAGCAUUCAGAUGGCUCUCGCCAUGGCUGCAUGUGCCAGGAAAUGUGUUUUCAUGGGUCUUGAUGUUUGCCUUGAGUCUUGAAAACACUCUUUCUUUAAAAGUAUUAAAUACGGUUUUUAUCACUUUAUUCCACUUCUCUAAAUUCAAUGGAAUCACCCCCCUGCCCCGCCCCACCCCCGACCAGCCUGGAUUUUGAAAGGCUUCUGUCCCCUUCAUUUUAUGAAUGAAAAGACUUAACAAUUUUCCUUCAAUGCUUGACGCUCUAGUCAAGACUUUACUAUUCCGAAAUAAUGUCAUGGUGAUUUUUUAAAUUAAGAAAAUAAUAAAUUGUCACAGGAAUGUGUUGCUCCUUACCCUAAAUUAAGAGAAUGUCCGGCUAGAUUAAAAUUCAACCUUUGAGUCCA